CAACGAUGUCUUGCAGAGAGAAGUAGGCGGCCAGUUUAUGGACAAGCUCGAGAGGAAUCGGCUCCUCGCUCAGAGUGCUUCUAAUAUGCGGUUGUCCGGGAUAGAGGAUAUGGCAGAGUUGCUAGAGAAGCAGCUAGCAUCUGAGAUAUCGAAGAUGACAUUAGAGGAAGCCUUGACAUUGGCGCGUGCUUUCAGCCAUUACCUCAAUUUGAUGGGAAUUGCUGAGACCCAUCACAGGGUUCGUAAGGGGCGAAAUGUUACACAUCUAUCAAGAUCUUGUGAUGACAUUUUCAACCAGUUGGUUCAGGGUGGCAUUUCUCCAAAUGACCUUUAUAACACUGUUUGCAAGCAGGAGGUUGAGAUUGUUCUUACUGCACAUCCCACCCAAAUUAACCGACGUACCUUACAAUAUAAACAUAUAAGAAUUGCUCAUCUGUUAGAAUACAAUGACCGACCUGAUCUUGGUCAUGAAGAUCGAGAAAUGCUAAUUGAAGAUCUGAUGAGAGAGAUAACAUCUAUAUGGCAGACUGAUGAACUUAGACGCCACAAACCUACUCCUGUAGAUGAAGCCAGGGCUGGUUUGAACAUUGUGGAGCAAUCGCUUUGGAAAGCUAUACCUCAUUACUUACGUCGUGUUAGCAAUGCUCUAAAAAAACAUACAGGAAAGCCACUUCCACUAACAUGCACCCCAAUAAAGUUUGGCUCUUGGAUGGGGGGUGACAGAGAUGGAAAUCCUAAUGUCACAGCAAAGGUAACGAGGGAUGUCUCACUUUUGUCUAGGUGGAUGGCCAUUGAUCUGUACAUCCGUGAAGUUGAUAGCCUUAGAUUUGAACUGUCCAUGAACCAAUGCAAUGAUAGGUUAUCCAGAUUGGCUCAUGAAAUUCUAGAAAAAGGUGUGGCCUGUUUGGCAGAAACCUCGUCGGAGGACCUGCAUGAGAGUCGGAACCAACCUUUAAGCCGAAGUCAAUUCAAGCUUCAUGGCCAACAAGCUCCUUCCCUUCCUACCCAACUUCCAGCUAGAGCAGAUCUACCCGCCUGCACUGGUAUAUACAUAAAUAGAAAAGCAAAGUAG